ACGAAGCGGUGCUCGACUUUGCACCGGGCUGCCAUUAGCGGGGAGCGAGUCAACAGGCGGCGGAAUAAACCUGUAUUCUGGCGUUAAUCUGCGCCUGUAUGUCGCUGUAAAGACUGGGAUACUGGUCAGGAGGUUCGGUAAUAGCGGUCAGAUACAAUAACACAGUAAUAACCUACAGAACCGCCGCGGAAACCCGCUAUACCAGCAGCAGGAGAGCUAACAGGCUAACUAGCCUAACAGGCUAACGGCUACACAACACAACACAACACAGCGGCGGUAUCAGGGUUAAAGCUGCGUUCACUGCACUGUGAUUUACCCUCAGCUAAUGUUCAUCAGACUCUCCGCUUUAAAUGAUCUCAGGAAGACUGUUCUACAGAUUAAACUGAAAAAAAAAACUGAACUAAGGAGAGCGCAGAGAUGAACCUGACGGAGCUGGAGGAGCACAUCACCCUGAAAUAUGAGAUCAAGAGGAGACUGGGGAAAGGGGCAUAUGGAAUUGUGUGGAAGGCUGUGGACAGGAAGACUGGAGAGACGGUGGCUGUGAAAAAAAUAUUUGAUGCUUUCAGAAACCGGACUGAUGCUCAAAGAACGUUCAGAGAAAUCAUGUUUCUCCAGGAAUUUGGAGAUCAUGCCAAUAUCAUCAAAUUGCUGAACGUCAUCCGUGCCCAGAAUGACAAAGAUAUUUACUUAGUGUUCGAGUACAUGGAUACUGACCUGCAUGCAGUAAUAAAGAAAGGCAACCUUCUGAAGGACAUUCAUAAGCAAUACAUCAUGUACCAGCUGCUCAAAGCUACCAAAUACCUACACUCAGGAAAUGUUAUCCACAGAGACCAGAAGCCUUCCAAUAUACUGCUCGAUGCAGACUGCUUUAUAAAACUGUGUGACUUUGGCCUGGCACGCUCCCUCUACCAGAUGCAGGAAGAUGUUGCGAACCCUGCCCUGACAGAAUAUGUAGCAACACGGUGGUACCGUGCCCCUGAAAUUCUUCUUGGCUCCACAAGGUACACAAAAGGGGUGGACAUGUGGAGCAUCGGCUGCAUUCUGGGGGAGAUGUUGCUCGGCAGACCACUUUUUCCUGGAACCUCAACCAUCAAUCAGAUAGAGAAAAUCAUGGGUGCCAUUCCUCACCCUACUGCAGAGGAUGUAUUUGCUAUCAGAUCAGAGUAUGGAGCAUCUGUAAUCCAGAGAAUGCUGCUAAGGCCCCAGGUUCCGUUAGGUGACUUACUCCAGCCAUCAGUGCCACCUGAUGCUCUUGAUCUGCUACAGCAUCUGCUGGUCUUCAACCCGUAUAAAAGGCUAACAGCAGAACAGGCCCUCCAGCAUCCUUAUGUGGCCAAGUUUCACAACCCAGCCAGAGAACCCAGUCUGGAUUAUGAUGUUAUUCUCCCAGUGGAUGAUGAUGUCCAGCUUUCCGUCGCUCAGUACAGAAACAAACUCUAUGAGAUGAUUCUGGAGAAGAGGGCCACUCGUCAAAUAGAAAGAAGAGUCCAUUUGAAGAAGCAGACUGAGGAGAAGACUGGAGGAGACAGCAGCAACAACAAACUGGAUAAGGUUAAUAGAAAAGAUGAAGAGAGUAGAAACGAUGAACAAGAGGAGGAGGAAGUGGAUGGUAAAAAGGAAUCAUUCUAUACCAAAACAGACCAUUCUGGAACCCAGCCAGCUGUAGCCAAGUCUGUACCCUCUCAAGAGCAAACUCAACCAGCUAUUGGGAGAAGCAGUCCAGCUACCAGUCCCAGAAUGGCCAAGACAUCAUACAACCCUAUCACACACGUGUCCAGUAAUGUGGAAAAGCCAUCCAAUCAUCUCUCAGGUUCGCCUCAACAUCCACCUCAUCGGUUUGGCAGAAAGAUGGUGCAGCCUCCUCAGAACCACGAGACCAGUAGUAUCUUACCUGUAGAGAGCUAUAACAAGGCUGUAGAGCAGAGUCAGCAGCGUGGUCACUCAGCCCCAGUAGCACGCACCCGCUCUUUCUCACUCACACUCACGCAGCCCCAGAAUAACCCUCUGCUGCGCAAAGACGAGCCCACUCUGUCUCCUGGCCUGUGUGUCUCCUCUGCUCGCCUGAACCAGCGUUCACCCUCUCAGACACGAGAUGCAAAACCUCCUCCCAGGUUUAGCAAGAAAGUCUUCCAGAGCAACUCCAACGUUUCAGCGACUGGAGAUCCUCGGGCCAAACUGGGCAGCUACUCUCAGGCCUAUGGGACCAUCAGCAAGACAGGGCUGGACAAACUGCUCAGAAACUGCCAGCAGUUAUAGAGUCUGUUGGAGAAACACUGACUGAGCAUCUGCAGCUCUGUAACGGGUCUGCAGCUCUUUUCUGGAAUGAGGUCAGGAUGAUUUGGUAAAAAGACACUCUUCUUGGUGGACUUGCUGCAGAAUCUCGGAGUGAAGAUGGGUGCUAGUGUUUCCAUUCUAAGUACUGUACAAAAAAAGAUAAAUCUGUGCAAUGUCAAGUUGAUGCAAUAAAUAAACAAUACAUUUGUAAAAUACCAAACAAUAAAGGUGAAUACAACCCCA